AUGCAGCUGGAAACUUUCUAUGAUGGAAUGAGUCCAGCCACUAGAACUAUGAUUGAUGCAGCUUCAGGAGGAUCAUUGAAUACUAAAUCAUUAGAGGAAGCUCAGCGGAUUAUAGAAAUGAUGGCUUCAUCUAUGCGUCAAAAUUCUAAUUCAAGACACUCUAUAAGGAGUGGAGGAUAUGAAGCUAAAAUUCUUGAGACUUUUUUUGCAGAAAAUUCAGAAAAAGAAAGUUUUCCAAGGGCUGUGAGAAAGGCAAAGAGGCAAAUACUUGAGGAAGCAAAUCAGCCUAUUGAUGAGGAGAAAUACAAUAGACUGUCAUAUCCUCAAAGAAUGUCAAAUCCGAAACAAGAAAAGCAGUUUGAGAGGUUUCUAGAUGUCUUCAAGAAAUUUCAAAUAAAUAUUUCUUUUGCUGAAGUACUUGAGCAAAUGCCUUCCUAUGCUAAAUUCAUGAAGGAGCUGUUAUCUAAGAAGAGAAAGCUUGAGAAUGAUAAAACAGUCCCUUUGACUGAAGAAUGUAGUGCUAUUUUGCAAAGGAAGCUCCCUAAAAUAUUAAAGGAUCUAGGUUCUUUUAGCAUUCCAUGUUCCAUUAGAAAUUGUACCGUGGAGAAAGCUCUAUGUGAUCUUGGGACUAACAUUUACCUCAUGCCUCUUGCUAUCAUGAAGAAACUUGGAAUAGAAGAAGUCAAACCCACUAGCAUAACUCUACAACUUGCGAACAAAUCUUACACAUAUCCUCAUGAUUUUGUGAUCUUAGAUAUGGAAGUGGAUGUCAAUAUUCCUUUAAUUUUGGGCAGACUAUUCUUAGCUACCGGGAGAGCUUUAAUUGAUGUUCAAAAGGGAGAGCUUAUGUUGAGAGUGCAGGAUUAG